UGUGUGUGUUCAUUCUUGUUAAUUUAAGCAACUUUUGCAAUUCUUUUGACCAGAAGCAAACACCCACGAGGAAAGGUGGACUAAUUUCUAGCUGGUGGAUUCUGAAAAGGGCAUGCAUUCUGCAGUGGUUUAUUUCACUUGCAAUGUCCAAGUGCAGAUGUGUGGAAUAUUUAUGCCUUUUCACUUGCCUCCACAAGCUGCACACAGUUGUGACUUUCACCUUGCUAAUGAACUUGAUAGCUUUAACUGUUUGGUUCAGUUUAUCGUUAUUCAUAAUCUCUAGUGAAAAGGUCACAGGCCCAAUAUCAUCGUGUGCAUGUUGCCUACUUCUGGCUUUGCUGGCCAUGCCCAAGUUCACUCUGGCUUGGGGAGGCUGGGCUGCUUAGAUGCCCAGCUACUGGUUUCUAACCUGGCCUGGCCCAGUGAGGGCUGGAGAGCAGCCAGGAAGAGUAAGCCUCACAGCUUCUUGCUCUGCCUCAGGUGUCUUCUCAGGAGGAGCGACAGAGAGAGGAAAAUGGCCAAGAGGUUGCUGCCAGUCCUUGUUCAGGAGCCCGUGACGUUCAGGGAUGUGGCCGUGUCCUUCAGCCAGGACGAGUGGUUGCACCUGGACUCUGCACAGAGAAGCCUGUACCACGAGGUGAUGCUGGAGAACUACAGCAACCUGGCCUCGCUGGGGAUUCCAUUUUCCAAGCCAAAGGUCAUCUCUCAUUUAGAGCAAGCAGAAAACUUCCAGACGGUGGAAAGUGGAAUGCUUCAAAGUGUCUACUUAGGAUGCAAGAGCUUGUUCGAACCCAUAGUUUCCAAAGAAGAAAAUAAAGAAGUCUUGAAAAAACAGAGAGUUGAGGAUUUUUUUGACUCCAUAUUGGGAAAAAUGUAUGCAAACGUGGAACAGUUAGAGCGAGGGAAAAGGAACAGACUUUUCAGUGAGAUGCUGCUUUCCAUUAGAAGAGACUAUAUACGAGAGAUGGGAUGCGGGAGAAAUCCUGGGAUACAGUCUCCAUUUCCUAGAAGACCUGGAGUUGUCUCCAGAGGAAGAAAGCCCCGCUCCCAGCACUACUCAAUCCUACUUAAACAGCUGAGAGUCAACACAAUGCACAAAUUUUAUAAGUGUAACAUCUGUGCGAAAGUCUUUCUCCACAGUUCUUCCCUGAGCAAACAUCAGAGGAUUCAUACUGGAGAGAAGCUCUACAAAUGCCAGGAAUGUCGGAAGGCUUUCAGCCAGAGCUCGUCGCUAACCCAGCACCUGAGAGUGCACACUGGAGAAAAACCGUACACAUGUAGUGACUGUGGGAAGGCUUUCAGCUUCACCACCUCUCUCAUCGGGCAUCAGAGGAUGCACACUGGGGAGAGACCCUAUGAAUGCAAGGAAUGUGGCAAAACCUUCAAAGGCAGCUCAUCCCUUAAUAAUCACCAACGGAUCCACACUGGAGAAAAGCCUUACAGGUGUAGUGAGUGUGGGAGAGCCUUUACUCAGUGCUCGUCUCUUAUUCAGCACCAUAGAAUCCACACUGGGGAGAAGCCAUAUGAGUGCAGCCAGUGUGGGAAGGCCUUCACGUCAAUAUCGCGGCUAAGCAGACACCACCGUAUCCAUACCGGAGAGAAGCCCUUUCUCUGUAACGUGUGUGGCAAAGUGUUCAGCUACCACUCGGCCUUGACUAUCCAUCAGAGAAUUCACACCGGAGAGAAGCCGUAUGCAUGCAAGGAAUGUGGGAAAGCCUUCAGCCAAAGCUCAGCCCUUAUCCAACAUCAGAGAAUCCACACCGGAGAAAAGCCAUACAAGUGUGAUGAAUGUGGAAAGGCUUUUUCCUGGCUCUCACGGCUUAACAUCCACCACAGAAUCCACACGGGAGAGAAACCUUAUCAUUGUAAGGAAUGUGGGAAAGCUUUCAGUUCCCACUCAGCAGUCAAUACUCACCGAAAAAUCCAUACUGGUGAGAAACCUUAUAAAUGCAAUGACUGUGAAAAAGCCUUCAACCAAAGCUCAGCCCUUAUUCAGCACCAGAGAAUUCACACAGGAGAGAAGCCGUUUCACUGUAAAGUAUGUGGGAAAGCCUUCAGACAGAGUUCCUCGCUUAUGACACAUAUGAGAACUCAUACAGGAGAAAAGCCUUAUAAAUGCAAAGCUUGUGGGAAAGCUUUCAGUCAAAGCUCGUCUCUUGCCAACCACCAGAAGACUCAUUAUUGAGAAAAACCAGUUAAGUCAAAUGCAUGUGGCAAACCUGCUUUGAGACAUUCAUUCCAUACUGACUGUAACAGAAUUCCUCUGGGGGAGAAAGGGAUGAGUGGUAGGUAGUUGGGGGUGAGCAUCCAGUCAGACUUCAGCAAAGAGCAGGCAUUUGUGAUGCAGUGUAAAUCGGCAAGUGUUUGGAAAACAUACAGAAUGUUGUCCACAUGGAACUUUGGCUGACAACAAAAUUGACAAUAAGAUUGAAGGCUUAAUAUU